AGUGUGAGUUACAAGGAAGGAACACCCAUUGAGUCUCUUUCUACAUUUUCACCUUGUUCAAAUGAACACUUUAUACUUUGCGGUUUGUGGUUGCAGGAUUUAGUUACAUGUGGUGCAGGACCUUGCUGCUUUUUUUGUGAUACACGUAGACAACAAACAACUAUCUAUUGUUUUAAAGCAGGAAGAGGAUGUCAGUUUGUUCUCUGAGAGGAGAGAAGCCCAAAGCCACAUUCAGGGCAUUAUAAUGUGUUCUCCGGUCUGUUUUAUUAUGACGAUCAUCAAGGACAACAACAACAAAAAAUAUUUCUAAAUAUUCCAAAUGUAGCAAUUAGUUUUAUCUCUAUGGUUACAAAGAACAAGGGAGACAUCGGAACCUUCUAGACUAUUCCUGCUGUUGUUCAGAAGGAAUAGUCUUGGGACAUCAUGCCGGGUCAGAGUUACUUAUCCAAGCAUCCCACUGAGCCGUUUAUCAUCCCAAAUGCCAUCCUAUUCCCCAUUAUAGUGCACUACUAUAAGGCUCUGGUCAAAAGAAGUGCCCUAUAAAAGGAACAGGGGGCCACUUGGGACGUGCAGUCUUGCAGGAAUCACAUGUCUGGGACACAGAGGCCCCGAGGAUAGCAAUGGUUCCUCAGCCAUCACACCACAUGAUCAGAGGAAUGAGACUGAUGUAUUAUCAAGAGACCAGAGAUCUGGACGGAAAGAGUUGCAGAGAAGAAGCCUGGCUAACUUGUUGCUAAGUUAUUGAUUAACUGGGAUAUCCAACAGCUCCUUAAUAAUCUAAAUCUACUACCUGCCGCCGUGUAGCCGCUGAUUCCUGGACAGACAUUUCUGGCGUGCCUGGUAACCCCGGGCCAGCCAGAAGGUCCUUCUCGUUAAUAGCUGAUGUAAAGGAGCUUUAUCCAAAACCAGGGGGUCUGAAACCGGGAGACGUGGAGCUGUUGGUUACCUUAGCCCCAGAGAGAUGACUCUUCGUGGGCCAUCUGCCCACCUAGGGGCCCGUAGGGGCCAGGAUCCGGGCUGGAGAAGAUCAUGGGAACCGUCCUAUUGGGACGGACUCAUGUCUGAAGUGGAGGUGGUGCCCCGACAUACCGGUCUUACGGGACGUAACCCUCCUCGGCAACAGAGCGCCAGAGAGGGAGGAAGCCACAGCCAGAAUCUUGACAGGUGUUUGCAGGAGUUAGCGAGAGUGCAGUGUCAGACCUAUUUUAAAGGAGGAAGCCCAGUUAGCAGUCCUGGCCAGGUGUCUAAGGUAGAGCUUGUGUCUCCACCUCAACCUACCCCUGCUCGUACCCCUCGGCCGCACAGCGCCAUCGAGGGAAGACGUCAGAUGAAUGAGUGGCUGUAUGAGUUGGAGAAGAUGCAGAGUGGGGACUAUUUUGAAGGAAGCCCCACUGACAGCCCAGAGGUUGAGCCCCGUCCGACGGUUCAUUUGGGUCGUACCCCUCGCCCGCAGAGCGCCAUCGAGGGAGGUAGCCAGAAUCUAGACAGAUUGUUACAAGAGCUGGAAAGGAUGGAGAACGGGAGAUAUUUCGGAAACCCUGACCGAGUGCAGAGAGAUCAAGUGCAGGCCCCUUUCUACGACAGGACAGCGUCGAUGCCAAGCCUUCACAAGGAACCCGUUGGCUCUGGCCUGCGUCACCACUACCAGGGCCUCCCCUCGUCCCCCUCUCUCUGCAGCCGGGACAGGGACCUCUCCCCCUGUGAGACUCCCAGCCUGUGUGACAGUUCCCUGGGCAGCCAGGAGUCCCUCAGGGCAGGAUUGUCCUCCGCCCCAGACCACAACGGUAGCUGGGAGAGGGCUAUAAUCAAGCAGGCUCCAGGGAAGGAGGAGGCUAAACUCAGCUCUCUGACUCCGGUGAGAGUGGGCUGGCUGCCCAUCCAGAGAAGGUCCCUGUUGAGGGAUGCUCCAGCCCCGGGACCCGGACAUCCACACCUUCAGGUCAAUCUAGCCAGCCAGGUGAGACUAAAAGCGGCCAUUACCCCUACCUUCCGGAAGAAUCAUGUCAAGGGCAACGGGAUUAAACCUGUGGAGGGAGAGCUGGAGGAAGUGGAGUGGAGACAACCCACCAUUAACACUGUGGGGCUCAGAACGAGGUGGCUUCCUGACCAGACCCCUCCCAGGACUCAACACCAGGCUCCUCCUCCCAGUACUCAACACCAGGCUCCUCCUCCCAGUACUCAACACCAGUACUCACCACCAGGCUCCUUCUCCCAGUACUCAACACCAGGCUCCUUCUCCCAGUACUCAACACCAGGCUCCUUCUCCCAGUACUCAACACCAGGCUCCUUCUCCCAGUACUCACCACCAGGCUCCUCCCAGGACUCAACACCAGGCUCCUCCUCCCAGGACUCAACACCAGGCUCCUCCUCCCAGGACUCAACACCAGGCUCCUCCCAGGACUCAACACCAGGCUCCUCCUCCCAGUACUCACCACCAGGCUCCUCCUCCCAGUACUCAACACCAGGCUCCUCCCAGGACUCAACACCAGGCUCCUCCUCCCAGGACUCAACACCAGGCUCCUCCUCCCAGUACUCAACACCAGGCUCCUCCUCCCAGGACUCAACACCAGGCUCCUCCUCCCAGGACUCAACACCAGGCUCCUCCUCCCAGUACUCAACACCAGGCUCCUCCUCCCAGUACUCAACACCAGGCUCCUUCUCCCAGUACUCAACACCAGGCUCCUUCUCCCAGUACUCACCACCAGGCUCCUUCUCCCAGUACUCAACACCAGGCUCCUCCUCCCAGUACUCAACACCAGGCUCCUUCUCCCAGUACUCAACACCAGGCUCCUCCUCCCAGUACUCACCACCAGGCUCCUCCUCCCAGUACUCAACACCAGGCUCCUCCCAGGACUCAACACCAGGCUCCUCCUCCCAGUACUCACCACCAGGCUCCUCCUCCCAGUAUUCAACACCAGGCUCCUUCUCCCAGUACUCAACACCAGGCUCCUUCUCCCAGUACUCAACACCAGGCUCCUUCUCCCAGUACUCAACACCAGGCUCCUUCUCCCAGUACUCAACACCAGGCUCCUCCUCCCAGUACUCAACACCAGGCUCCUUCUCCCAGUACUCAACACCAGGCUCCUCCCAGGACUCAACACCAGGCUCCUUCUCCCAGUACUCAACACCAGGCUCCUCCUCCCAGUACUCAACACCAGGCUCCUCCUCCCAUACUCAACACCAGGCUCCUUCUCCCAGUACUCAACACCAGGUAACUGAUCAGGCUCCUUCUCCCAGUACUCAACACCAGGUAACUGAUCAGGCUCCUUCUCCCAGUACUCAACACCAGGCUCCUUCUCCCAGUACUCACCACCAGGCUCCUUCUCCCAGUACUCAACACCAGGUCUCAGGCAAGGAAAGCUCAGUGCCAAGGGAGAGGGACAACAGGUCUUUAGGUUGGCAGGAUCAGAGGAGAAGUUGGGCUAACAGGACACCGUCACACCUCAGUGGUAGUGGGAUUCCUACCCAGUCUAACAACUCCCUCCCCGGGGCUAACACUAACUCAGAGCCUGCCAGGAAGAGCCCUCUACAUAGGACAACCAGCAACAACCAACAGCCUUCACACACUGAGGUUACACCCUAUGGGACCAGCUCACAGUCUCCUGGAAUCCAACCUGGGAACGACUCAGACUCAGAACCCUGCUGGAGAGCUUCUCUACACAGGACCAACAGCUUCCAAACCUCUUCUCCCUGGACGAUCAGGCCAACAGUCCAAAGUAAUCCUUCACACACUGAGGUAACCCCCUCUGGAACCAAAUCUGCACCAUACAGGAGCAACAGCCCUCUAUGUAGGACAAACAGCAUCCAACAGAAACCCUCACAUGCUGAGUUAACUCCUUAUAGAACCGGCUCAGAGCCUUACAGAGCAACCUCUCUACACAAAAGAACAAGUAGUCUUCCACAACCUUCUCCUGCUGGGGUAGUAUCACCCCCGGCUCCUGGGACCACUACAGGUAAUACCAUCGUCCUAAAGACAACUACACCAGCCUUCUCCUCCAUUACCAUCGCCUCCAAGAAGAUCUCCAGGACGGCAAGCCUCCCUGGGUCUAGACCUCUGAGCCCUGGAUCUAGAGCCCCCAGGCCCCAGAGCUACCACUCUGACGAGGCCAGGGUCCCAGGCUAUAAAGCCCCCAGCCCCCAGAGCUACCACUCUGACGAGGCCAGGGUCCCAGGCUAUAAAGCCCCCAGACCCCAGAGCUACCACUGCGAUGAGGCCAGGGUCCCAGGCUAUAAAACCCCCAGACCCCAGAGCUACCACUCUGACGAGGCCAGACUCUCCACCACCUGCACCUCUGUCACCCAGCAGGACCAGGUCCAUCAUCACCACCCCAUCGGCAACGACCCCAGCUCCACCCCUGUCACCCUGAGGAGAAAGGCCACCGCCACCAUAGUCAAAGUGACCGAGCACAGAAGGAUGACCUGUGAACCUGUCAACCGACUGAACGGAAGGCAGAGUCCUGUUUCAUGUGUGUCAGGUGACCAACCAAAUGAUCAGGGCACGGUGGUUUACAGGAGAAAAGCCACCAUCAUGAAAGUGACAGAGCACAGAGAGAGCUACAGCCCAGGUCAGGAAGCCAGUGGUGGCAACAGCAGCAGCAGUAGACCGUCAGAGUACAGACACAGUUACACAGAGGGAGUGUACAGACACGACUCCCCGUGGCAACAAGGAGCCAUGAAUUCACCCAUGAACUCUAUGGAGUCACUCCAGAGUACCACUCCCUCCCAGUACCUUCUAGAAUCAUCUAUGGACAGGAUAGACAGGCACAACUCUGCUCUGUUCCUGACUCCAAACAAGUCCACCUCAACCACUACAGUUGCCCGUAGGAACCCAGAGCGAAGCAGAGGUGGAGGGAAGCCAGGACAGAAGUCUACCCUGAUGCUGUUCAUCAACUCUCCCUCUUCCAAAGACACGUCCAUAGAAAAGGUUGGUGGAGAGAGAGGAGGCGAGGAGAGCCGGGAUAGAGCCAGGAGACCAGUCAGCUGCUAUGCUAGUGUGUUUGGCCACACUGACCCGACAGAGCCAUGCCCGGUCCUAGACACUGUAACUAUUACACAAGCUGUACCCAGGCGUUGGAACAAGGGACUUCCUAACCAGACCCAGAAUACUAAUAUUGACCCAGUGAGGGACUGGGUGAAGGACACUGCUACCUGCAAUAGUAGAUUUAACAUUGGAUCUUCUAGCGCUUCUAUCAGUUCUGGACCAGCAGGCAGGGACAGGGAGAUGUGUCCCCCAGAGACAGAGUCCUCCAGACCAGGAGGAAGAGGGACUGAGAGAGAGAUGUGUCCCCCAGAGACAGAGUCCUCCAGACCAGGAGGAAGAGGGACUGAGAGAGAGAUGUGUCCCCCAGAGACAGAGUCCUCCAGACCAGGAGGAAGAGGGACUGAGAGAGAGAUGUGUCCCCCAGAGACAGAGUCCUCCAGACCAGGAGGAAGAGGGACUGAGAGAGAGAUGUGUCCCCCAGAGACAGAGUCCUCCAGACCAGGAGGAAGAGGGACUGAGAGAGAGAUGUGUCCCCCAGAGACAGAGUCCUCCAGACCAGGAGGAAGAGGGACUGAGAGAGAGGAAGCUCUAACACAACAUCCACACCAGGCAGGCGCCAGGAGCAACCAACCACAUCCUCCUGCUAUCACUCUCAUCAAGCACCAAGAGCCCCGGUCACAUCAGCAGUCUCCCGAGGCUGUCCUAGCGCUCAACGCUGCCGCCGUCAUAGCCAAUGUCAAACUCCAGAGACAACUGAGCCUGAGGAAGACAACACCACCUGACCUUUGUACACAGGACUCAAGGUCACCCACGUCAGCGGAGGGGGGAAAAACACUGGAUCACCUUUUCAGACCCAGAGAUAGAGGCAUUACAGGGAAGGAGAUGCAGCUCAGAACCAGACAGAACUAUAACAAUCUGCCAGAGGUGAGGAGGAAACAGGAGGAAGAGAAGAGGAGGGAGGACUUCCUGACUAACAGGCUGAGAGCAGAUCUCUUCAAAAAGAAACUGUUAGAACAGAUCCUUCAAAGGGUUAGUCGCUGAGUGAAGUCAAGGAUGAAUGGUCCGAGCGUACGUGAUCCCCCUCCUCCUCCUUCCAGCAUACUGCCUUACUUUGAGAGACCCAACAACCAUCGAGACGGACUGGCGAUGAUCAUAAAGACAGUAUCAUUACACAUUAUAAUGCUUUGAGAGACCCAACAACCAUCAAGACGGACUGGCGAUGAUCAUAACGACAGUAUUAAUACACAUUAUAAUGCUUUGAGAGACCCAACAACCAUCAAGACGGACUGACGAUUAUCAUAAAGACAGUAUUAAUACACAUUAUAAUGCUUUGAGAGACCCAACAACCAUCAAGACGGACUGGCGAUUAUCACGACGGUAUUAAUACACAUUAUAAUUAAGCAGCAUCAUUUUUAUAAAAUUAUAAACAAAUGUUAAAAAAUUGUAGUAAAAAUGGGUGUCAUUAGAAAUGAAACCAAACGAUGUUAUAAUGAUAAUUAUGUAAUGUAUAAUUAUGUAAUGUAUAAUUAUAAUAAUGUAUACUUAUGUAAUGUAUAAUUAUAAUAAUGUAUACUUAUGUAAUGUAUAAUUAUAAUAAUGUAUAAUUAUGUAAUGUAUAAUUAUGUAAUGUAUAAUUAUAAUAAUAUAAUGUCCUUCUAACGUUUAAUUCAUAUAUUUUCAUUAUCAUAUUACUGUUGUUAUGAUCAAAACCUGUUUGAUUUACAGGAGCACACUGGUCUUCCUGUUUCACUGCUCUAAGCCAAUCGUAUCGAACUACUGAAAGCUCCGCUGAAUGUCAGCCUGCUUCACCAGAAGCUUUCUGAGGGUCUGGAAAAAAAAGGUGUAGAAUACCAGUUUUAGUUGUGAGAUUACAUUGUAAUGAACGCGGCUGUUCUAUGUUAUCUAUGCAUAGUGGGCUUUGUACUGCAUUGAAGCCUUCCAUUAAAACACUGUAUCGUUGGCUCCACUAAA